AUUUGCUUGUAUUCAAAUACUUAGAUAAGCUUUAACAUAUAAAAGUUUGUGAGAAGUUGGCAUGCGCUCAGAUUUAGAGAGGUUAACAUCAUGAAGACUGUGUGUGUCCUGGGACUUCUGGCUGUAAUUGUGGUCUCCGUGCAGGGAGAGGCGUGUAACGAUGUCCGUGACUGCUCCAUCACUCAGUGUAACUCUGGUGGAUCUCUCGCAUGUGAGGCGGGAACCUGCACGUGCGUCGUUCUGUGUGCUCCGGAACCUAACCUAGCCAGAUGCAGAAACCAGAAUGAAUGCUUUGACGCUUACAACAAUGGCCAGAUAGACUGCACGUGCCAGCCUGUCUCCGACCUCCACUGUAUUGACGGAUUUUGUCACUGUGGCUACCCACCUAACAACUGAGCGUGAGGAAGAUGUGUAUCCACAAUUUGAAACUUACAAAUUAAAGUACCUGCUGUUUAUCUUA